UCAGUGAACUCUGGCUGUGAGGAGAGUGUGACGCAGCGAAAAACCUUCCUCCAGUCUCAGGGACGAGGACGCGCGGACACUCAACCCCACACUGCAGCCCGCGACGGUCGCCGCGCGGGACCUCUGCCAGCAAGAGAGACGGGAUCCUUGCCUCACUGGCUUUACAACAGAACAGUUCAUGUGAAUAUUCAGUACGGAAGCAUAAGACGUCCUCAUGGGGGUCCUUCUGGUGUUCCUCGUCGUAGUGGGGUCCCUGGUUACUGCCUCCGCCACUACCUCUCCUCCGCCUCCCCUGGAGUCCAUAGCCCCGUGCCCUCCCAACGGCCACUCCUUCCUUUCCAUCCUCCUUCAAGGGCUGGGCUACAGCGAUGCCUGUGUGGCCACUGCCUUGGACACCUGUGCCACUUCCCAGCCGGAGAGCCAGCUGAUCACCCUCAUGAAGGAGAUAAGAGACUCGGUGCGGGAAGUGGCUCAAGCCGUCAACAAAAGGCAGAAUCAGCCGCGACACUGCAGGGACGUCCUGGAGGCCGGGGAUGGACAGAGCGGCGAGCGCGUGAUCUACCCUUACCCUGGACAGCCAGAUCGCCGCCUCAAUGUGUAUUGUGACCAGACCACGGACGGCGGCGGGUGGACGGUGGUACAGAGACGCACAAAUUCUACCGUCCGAGAAGACUUCUACAGAACCUGGAGUGAAUAUCAACUGGGAUUCGGCAAUAUUAAUACAGAGUUUUGGUACAGCGGUGACGCAGGGGACGGCCUGGGGGAAGGCGGCCACCCGGGUUCCAAAUUCUCAACCCAUGACUCUGACAAUGACUCCUACGAGACGAGCUGCGCCCAAAAGUUUCGUGGCGCCUGGUGGUACAACGCUUGCCAUUUAUCGAACCUGAACGGCUACCAGUAUGUAGGCAACCACACCUCCUACGCCGACGGCAUCGACUGGAGGCCGUGGCGGGGCUACCACUACUCGCUGCGGCACACCACCAUGAUGAUCCGGCCCGCCUAA